GUCUUCAUAACAUCUUUCACCUUGUCCAGGCUGGCUCAGAGCUGUCUGCCUUAGUGGAUAGAAUCCCUUCCACCAUGGGCUAGCAGCCUGCCCUGGUCACUGACACCACACCGUGUAGGAAAGAAUCGCCACCACCAGGAAGGGGCCUCUCACCUCUGUACAGGCUGUGUGCUGGCUGAUGACAUGGCUGCCCUGUCCUGUCUGCUGCUGCCACUGAGCUGAACAUCUCCAGGUUCCACCUCUUGAACCAUGGAUCCCAGCGUUGUUAGCAAUGAGUAUGAUGAUGUUGCCCAUGGAUCAAAAGAUCCAGUGGGACCCCACUUCCCUGCAGGACAUCACUGCUGUCCUGGGUACAGAAGCAUAUACUGAGGAAGACAAAUCAGUGGUGUCCCAUGCACAGAAAAGCCAGCAUUCUUGUCUCAGCCAUUCCAGGUGGCUGAGGUCUCCACAGGUCACACGGGGAAGCUGGGACCUCCGAAUAAGACCAUCCGAGGACUCCAGCAGUUUCCGCCAGGCUCAGUGUCUCGGGAAGGAUCCCGGGGCAAACAACCACUUGGAGAGCCAAGGGGUGAGAGGUACAGCUGGCGAUGCUGACAGGGAGCUACGGGGACCCUCAGAAAAAGCCACAGCUGGCCAACCACAAGUGACCCUGCUGCCCACACCCAACGUCAGUGGGCUGAGUCAGGAGUUUGAAAGCCACUGGCCAGAGAUCACAGACUGGUCCCCGUGUGUGGCUGGUGUCAUCCCUGUCAUCUACUACAGUGUCCUGCUGGGCCUGGGGCUGCCUGUCAGCCUCCUGACCGCAGUGGCCCUGGCACGCCUUGCCACCAGGACAAGGAAGCCCUCCUACUACUACCUUCUGGCACUCACAGCCUCGGAUAUCAUCCUCCAGGUGGUCGUCAUGUUCGCAGGCUUCCUCCUGCAGGGAGCCGUGCUGGCCCGCCAGGUGCCCCAGGCUGUGGUGCGCACGGCCAACAUCCUGGAGUUUGCUGCCAACCACGCCUCGGUCUGGAUUGCCAUCCUGCUCACGGUUGACCACUACACUGCCCUGUGCCACCCCCUGCACCAUUGGGCCACCUCGUCCCCAGGUCGGACCCGCCGGGCCAUUGCUGCUGUCCUGAGUGCUGCCCUGUUGACCGGCAUCCCCUUCUACUGGUGGUUGGACGUGUGGAGAGACGCUGACUCACCCAGCACGCUGGAUGAGGUCCUCGAGUGGGCUCAUUGUCUCACUGUCUAUUUCAUCCCUUGUGGCGUGUUCCUGGUCACCAACUCAGCCAUCAUCCACCGGCUACGGAGGAGGGGCCAGAGUGGGCUGCAGCCCCGGGUGGGCAAGAGCACAGCCAUCCUCCUGGGCAUCACCACACUGUUCACCCUCCUGUGGGCACCCCGGGUCUUCGUCAUGCUCUACCACAUGUACAUGGCCCCUGUCCACCAGGACUGGAGGGUCCACCUGGCCUUGGAUGUGGCCAACAUGGUGGCCAUGCUCCACACGGCAGCCAACUUCAGCCUCUACUGCUUUGUCAGCAAGACUUUCUGGGCCACUGUCCGACAGGUCAUCCACGAUGCCUACCUGCCCUGCACUUUGGCACCACAGCCAGAGGGCAUGGCGGUGAAGCCUGUGAUGGAGCCUCCAGGACUCCCUGAAGGGGCAGAAGUGUAG